AUGAAUCAGUAUGUUCCCGAAACUCUGAAUAUUAUGAAUAGAAGGUCAUAUCCCAUAUGUGCAAAGACGUAUUCCAAACCAUGGAAUAUGAUAUGGCACUGGGAAAAUGUACGUAUUUUACCACAACGAACGCUAGCUUUGGCUCCAGCUCUGGCCCCAGCUCCAGCUCCAGCACCAGCUCCGGCUCUUGUUCCUCCGGCUCCGGCUUCAGCUUCGGCUCCGGCUCCGGCUCUUGCUCCUCCGGCUCCGGCUCCGGUUCCGGUUCCGGUUCCGGCUCCGGCUCCGGCACCGGCUCCGGUUCAGGCUCAGGCUCAGGCUCUGGCUCAGGCUCAGGCUCAGGCUCUGGCUCUGGCUCUGGCUCUGGCUCAGGCUCUGGCUCAGGCUCAGGCUCUGGCUCAGGCUCUGGCUCUGGCUCUGGCUCUGGCUCAGGCUCUGGCUCAGGCUCAGGCUCUGGCUCUGGCUCUGGCUCUGGCUCAGGCUCUGGCUCUGGCUCAGGCUCAGGCUCAGGCUCAGGCUCUGGCUCUGGCUCAGGCUCAGGCUCAGGCUCUGGCUCAGGCUCAGGCUCAGGCUCAGGCUCAGGCUCAGGCUCUGGCUCUGGCUCUGGCUCUGGCUCCUCUGGCUCUGGCUCAGGCUCAGGCUCAGGCUCUGGCUCAGGCUCCUCUGGCUCAGGCUCCUCUGGCUCAGGCUCCUCUGGCUCAGACUCAGGCUCAGGCUCAGGCUCAGGCUCUGGCUCUGGCUCUGGCUCUGGCUCAGGCUCUGGCUCAGGCUCAGGCUCUGGCUCUGGCUCUGGCUGAGGCUGAGGCUAUUGCUGAGGCUGAGGCUGAGGCUGAGGCUCUGACUCAGGCUCAGGCUCGGGCUCCUCUUGCUCUGGCUCAGGCUCAGGCUCAGACUCAGGCUCACGCUCAGGCUCCUCUGGCUCUGGCUCUGGCUCCAGUUCUGGCCCCAGCUCCAACUCAGGCUCUGGUUCCUCUGGCUCCGGCUCCGGCUACGGCUGCGGCUUUUGCUCCUCUGGCUCCAGCUCCGGCUCCGGCUCCGGCUCCGACUCAGGCUCAGGCUCAGGCUCAGGCUCAGGCUGAUCGUGUCGAGACCCAUUGGAUGGUAAACUCUUCCCAACGCCUCAACGCAUCAUCUGGCUCUCCAAACGAUGGCAAUCCCUCUACGACAUAA